AUGGACUGGCAUGUCUUCAGAACAGCUGCUGGGCUGUUCAUCUUGCUGGUGGUGCUGGAAGUUAACAGUGAAUUUCGAAUCCAGGUAAGAGAUUACAAUGCUAAAAAUGGCACCAUCAAGUGGCAUUCAAUCAGAAGGCAAAAACGUGAAUGGAUCAAGUUCGCAGCAGCCUGUCGUGAAGGAGAAGACAACUCGAAAAGAAAUCCAAUUGCCAAAAUUCACUCCGAUUGUGCUGCAAAUCAGAUAGUUACCUACCAAAUUUCUGGAGUAGGAAUUGACCAACCACCUUAUGGAGUCUUUAUUGUUAAUCCAAAAACUGGUGAAAUUAAUAUAACAUCCAUCGUUGACCGAGAAGUCACUCCUUACUUUAUUAUCUAUUGUCGAGCUCUGAAUGCGAUGGGGAAGGAUUUAGAGAGACCACUUGAGCUCAGGGUCAGGGUUUUGGACAUAAAUGACAAUCCUCCAGUAUUUUCUAUGUCUACCUUUGUGGGACAAAUAGAAGAAAAUUCAAAUGCAAAUACGCUGGUCAUGGUACUCAAUGCUACUGAUGCAGAUGAACCAAAUAAUUUGAACUCGAAAAUAGCCUUCAAGAUCAUAAGACAGGAACCUUCAGAUGCACCAAUGUUUAUCAUCAAUCGAUACACUGGAGAAAUUCGAACAAUGAAUAAUUUUCUAGACAGAGAGGAAUAUUCCCAGUAUACUCUCGUUGUAAGGGGCUCGGAUCGAGACGGCGGGGUGGAUGGUAUGUCAGCAGAGUGUGAAAGUUCCAUUAAAAUUCUCGAUGUCAAUGAUAACUUCCCGUACAUGGAACAGUCUUCAUAUUCCAUAAGUAUUGAAGAAAACUCUCUGAAUUCAAACUUACUCCAGAUAAGAGUAAUAGAUUUGGAUGAGGAGUUCACAGCUAACUGGAUAGGGGUCAUCUUCUUUGUCUCUGGAAAUGAGGGAGGCUGGUUUGACAUAGAAAUGAAUGAAAGAACAAAUGUGGGAACUUUAAAAGUUGUUAAGGCCCUGGACUAUGAAGCAAUGCAAAACAUGCAGCUCAGUAUUGCUGUUAGAAACAAAGCUGAAUUCCAUCAGUCAGUUAUAUCUCAGUAUAAAAUCACAGCAACUGCCAUCUCAGUGGCCGUGGUAAACGUCAUUGAAGGGUCAGUGUUUCGUCCAGGCACAAAAACAUACGUUGUGACCAGUAGCAUGGGACAAAAUUAUCGACUGGGAGAGUUUGUAGCUACAGACCUGGACACAGGUGGACCUUCAACAACUGUCAGAUACGUAAUGGGAAGUAAUCCAGGCAACCUGAUAGCUGUUGAUUCAAGAACAGGCAUGAUUACUUUGGUAGAUAAAAUAACCAGACAACAAUAUGAAAUGCUUGGGGGGAAAUAUCAAGGAACAAUUCUAUCUAUAGAUGAUGCUGCUCAGAGAACUUGCACUGGUACAAUCGUUAUUGAAUUUGAUGGUUCUGGUGGCUGGAGAGAGGGAGGUGGCACAAGUACCAGUACCGAUCCCAGCGAUCCUAAUACUGGAGGUGGUGGCGGAGGUGGAGGUGGAGGUGGAGGCGGAAGCGGAACUGAAGGUGGAGGUGGAGGUGGAGGUGAUACCAGUACUUCCUCCAAUGGGGAUUAUACUUCAACGGACUAUUCCAACAACGAUGGGUCCAAUUCAGGGUAUGAUAACAAUGAAAAUGCCGGUGGAGCUGACAGACAAAAUCCUGAAGAUAACGUGCAUUUUGGCGGUGCUGGCAUUGGACUACUCAUCAUGGGAUUCUUGGUCUUAGGAUUGGUUCCAUUUUUGCUGCUCUGUUGUGACUGUGGAGGGGCUCCAGGUGUUGGAGCUGGUUUCGAGCCUGUUCCCGAAUGUUCUGAUGGAGCGAUUCAUUCCUGGGCAGUGGAAGGACCACAGCCUGAACUCAGAGAUUUGACCACCAUCUGUGUGCCACAAAUAUUACCUGAGAAUGGAAAUAUGAUUGAAUGCCUUGACAACACAGGAGUUUAUACAAAUGAGUAUUGUGGAAGAGAAAUGCAAGAUCUGGGAGGAGGAGAAAGAACGUCAGGAUUUGAAGUAACAAAUGGAGUUAAGACAUCUGCAAUGCCUGAGAUAUGCCAAGACUAUUCUGGAACAUUGAGAAGAAAUUCCAUGAGGGAAUGUAGAGAAGGAGGACUGAAUAUGAAUUUCAUGGAGAGUUACUUCUGUCAGAAAGCAUUUGCCUAUGCAGAUGAAGAUGAAGGUCGCCCAUCCAAUGACUGUUUGCUCAUCUAUGAUAUUGAAGGUGUAGGUUCCCCUGCUGGCUCUGUGGGUUGCUGUAGCUUCAUUGGUGAAGACUUGGAUGACAGCUUCCUGGAUACACUUGGGCCUAAAUUUAAGAAGCUGGCAGAUAUCAGUCUGGGAAAAGAAGUUGACACCUAUCCAGACUUUGAUACCUCGUGGCCACCUGAGAGUACUGAACCAGUUUGCCCUCCGCAGAGCACAGAACCCAUCAUAAGUGGACACCCCCCAAUCUCACCACACUUCGGCACCACCACAGUAAUUUCUGAGAGUACCUAUCCCUCAGGACCUGGGGUGCAGCACCCUGUGCCUAUCCCUGAUCCUCUAGGCUAUGGUAAUGUCACUGUGAAGGAGUCUUACACCACCACUGGCACUCUGAAGCCUUCUGUCCACAUCCAUGAUAAUCGACAUGCAUCGAAUGUGGUGGUGACAGAGAGAGUGGUUGGCCCAAUCUCUGGGGCUGAUUUUCAUGGAAUGUUAGAUAUGCCUGAUCUGAGAGAUGGGUCAAACGUUAUUGUGACAGAGAGGGUAAUAGCACCAAGUUCAAGUCUACCCACCUCUUUGACCAUCCCUGACCCUAGAGAGGCUUCAAAUGUGGUAGUGACCGAAAGAGUUAUCAGACCAACGUCUGGCAUGAUGGGCACACUGGGCAUGCACCCUGAGUUAUCCAAUGCCCAUAAUGUGAUUGUAACAGAGAGGGUUGUGUCUGGUUCUGCCCUAGCUGGAAUUAGUGGCACAGGUGGGAUAAGUGGAGGUGGUGGCAUGAGUAGUGGCGGUCUGGUCGGUACCAGCCUAGGUGCUGGAGGUGGGGGUCUGAGUAGCAUGGGAGGUACAGCCACCAUCGGCCACAUGAGGAGUUCCUCUGAUCAUCACUUUAACCAGACCCUCGGGUCCGCGUCCCCUAGCACAACUCGAAGUAGGAUCACAAAGUACAGCACAGUGCAAUACACCAAGUAG